UAAGAUGGCGGCGGCGAGCGGACAGAGUCCGGAGUUGACAUCCCGUCAGCAGCGGCUGCUCCGGGUCCUGGGGCCGUUCGAGCCGCUGCUGACCUACUGCCAGAGCGUCCUGGUGUGGGAGCGGCCACUGCACAGUCUGUGCCUGCACCUGGGCGCCAACGUCGGCUUCUGGUUUUUCGCACUAACCUCGCUGAGACUGGUAUUCCUGGUUGCAUUUGGUCUGAUUAUAAUUGUGUGUCUCGAUACCUGGAAGGGCAGACUCUGGCCUGAGCUCCGAGUGGCACAAGUGGAGGACAGUGAUGCUGAGAGCUGGGGCCUUGUUCACCCAAAACUAGUCAGCGUUCCUGAACUUUGUCACAGAAUGGCAGAGUUCUCUGUCAGUGCAGAGAGAUUUCUGAAGAGCUUGUACCUUUUUAAAAAGCAGAAUCCUGGUAAGUUUUGUCUUUUAGUUUGUGGUGUGUUCACGUUCCUGGCUGUAAUUGGGCGCUACAUCCCUGGUCUCGUCCUCUGCUACAUCGGCUUGGUUGGCAUGCUUCUCUGGCCUUUGGUUAUUUAUCACCAAGUGUCGAUAAAGGUUUAUGCCAGAAUUGAGCCCUUGCUCAAGCGUUUGGAUUUCAGCGUGAAGGGAUACAUGUUGACAAAACAGCAUGAACGACAAUUGCGUCGUCGAGCAACAGCUGUCAGAGCUGCAGAUGAUGGGAGUGACAGUGAAGCUGAACUGGCUGCAUUCUGCCCCAAGCUCGAUGAUUCUAUGUUUGCUAAGGAACUAGAAAUUUCAGACUUUGAGCAUUCAGAUGCAGAGGUAUCAUACACAGAGAAUGGAACCUUCAACCUAUCCCGAGGACAGACCCCGAUAACAGAUGGUUCUGAAGAUCUUGAUCGACAUAGUGACCCUGAGGAGUCAUUUGCAAGAGAUCUACCAGAAUUCCCAUCAAUAAACCCUGAUGUGACUGGAUUGGACGACGAUGAUGACACUAGCCUGGGUAUUCCAACUGCAUCGUACCAGCCUCUGCUUCAGGAUAAUGUGAGCCUGUCUUCUGAUCAGGAGGAUAUUGAUGAAGAUAUAUCCCAGACUGGUCUGCCAUCACCUCUGAGUUUUACAGGCAGCCAGGGUCUUUCUCUGGCAGGGACGAUUGCCAGUGAUAUGAUGGCAGCUGCAUUGUCAAACGCUACUCAUGAGGCCCAAUUGAUGAGAGAUGAUCCUUUGAGAGUUGCUUUCCAGACCUUGCAUGAACACGGAAACAUAGAAGUGGACACUGAUGCAGAGGGAGAUGAUUUUGAACUGUUGGAUCAGUCAGAACUGAAUCAGUAUGAGAAUCUUGCCUCUCACGAUCGGGGCACACGACAACAGUCAAAGGCAGGGUUCCUAUCAAACUUUCUUCGAAAGCAGUAGGUUUGUGGGUGCUGGUGUUACCAGAUGACACCACACUGGACCCAGUAGUUUAGAAGGGGAAGGGGUUGCCAAUAAUCCCCUUGUGAUGACAUCUGUGCAUAGGUUAAAAUAUCUUGAUUGACUCAGUGGUUACCUUUCCUUUCUCACAAUGAACAGAUUUGCACAGCUAAGUGUAGUGUAGGUUUUAUUCCUUCUGUCAUUGCUGCUUUGUUUAGUGUUACUUCUGGUUCCUUGGGUUUGAGAUGAUGUCGACCCAGAAAGGUAAAUGAAACCACCUGACAUACUUGGAUUAACAGUAUGAUCCUAAUCAUGUGUUGUAGAAUGCACUUGGCAUGGUUAUAUGUAUUUAAAAGACAAAGUUUCUGCAACUUUCAAUGAGGUACUUCUGCAUUGUCAUUCCCACAGUUAAUGCCUAUUUAAUGUACCAUCUGUUAUUUAGGCAACAUGCAAAGUUGGUGCAGUAAAGCCAGGCUUCAUUUUUUUAAGUUAGAUGGUGACAUCAAAAUCCAGAAAAUGCAUCAUUAUGCAUUUAAACAUUCAGUAGCUAGGAUGUGAGUUGUGGAGUGAAGCAAUUCAAUCCAAUAUGGAGCAUGUUUACUCAUAUGCAGUAAAAAUAAACACUGCUGUAGUUUGUUCAGAAUAACAGGGCAUUAGAAGAUUCAGGCUGUGAUCUUGGGGUGAGGCCCAGAGAUGGUGUAUAAGGAGAGGUGACUCAAGUCCAAUGAGGGGUUGAUGUGGGAAGGUAAAUGCUUUACAAGCUUUGCUAUUUCAUCUCCCAAUACUAGAGAAAAAUCACAAUCCAGCCACACAAUAAUGGAUUGAUUGUUUCUAACUGAUGGUAUGCGUUUGAGCCUUAAGUGAAGAAUUUUGCAGAACUUCUUUGUGAUAUGUACCUUUUUUCUUCAUUUUGCUCAUGCCUAUUCUGCAACUAUACAAUUGUCUGGUUUGAAUUGGUUGCUUGUUGUACCUCAAAUUCUGCAAACUGCUUUUAAUUAUUUUAAUUUAUUCAUGUGUAGGAUGCAGAUGUCACUGACAAUGUUGGCAUUUAUUGUCAGCUUUAAUUGCCCUUGAACUUGAGCAGUUAUGAGUCGACCAUAAUGGUGGAACUGGAGUUGGUGCUGUUGAUUUCUGUGGCAAUAAUUAUACUAAAUAACAUUGCUGAAAAUAGUUUUUGCACCAGGAGAUACUAGAUAGCAAUAACUAUCAGCUCUGAGGAGUACAUUUGAUCAGAUCUGAUUUGAUGUUUAGCUGAUCAGAUUUUGAUGUCUCAUUAUAAAAAUGCCUAGGCCUUGAGAUUUGAAAAUCGCUUGAGUAUGAGCUAGGUUGUGUUAUAGGAACAUGCAGUGGGUGUGGCUGUGAGUUUCCUUGGUUUAUAAGACCAAGGAUUCGGGCUGAAAUAUGGUAACAGCAAUGGUCUCUGGUUUGGUUCAGAGGUAAUCAGACAAGCAGGAAUGUUAAGUGAUUGUGUAGCAGAUGAAGCUGGUUCCCUGGACAUCACAGAUACCAGUUUGCCUUUAGGCUACAGCUGAGAAAUCUGAACCUAUGAUGAAUAUCAAACUUGUUCACAAUGGGACCCAAGCUGUGAUCCUGCUGUCACUGAACAGUGCUGUCUAGUAUACAAGCCAUCUGAGAAUUUUGUAGCUUUCCCUGACCAAAUAAGCAGUCCUUCUGACUGCAGUGAUCUCAGCAUAGUAUUGCAUUGCCCUUCAGCUGUGAAUAAAUGGCUUCCAUCUAUUUGAUCAGGGAGGAAAAUAGCAAAUCAAAACUUAAAUGCAAUGUUAAACUAAGCUUUGAGCUGAGAUGUUUUGAGGGAUGUAAUGCUACAAUCCAAAGUUCUGCAGGAUGUGCUAGAGCAAUAGUUUUAUUUAAGCUGAUGUGAGUGGGCAGAAAUCUUUGAAAGUUAAGAUAGUUUAAUCCAUAUUCAUUAUUUUGACUUCUAAAGAAAUUUAAUAUUGAUGAACUAUAGUUUGAUCUGUUGCAUUUUAUAGAAAACCAAGAUCCAGUGGCUGCUGGAUAGCUAGAUAAAAGUAGAAAUACUUGGUAGGUCAAACAACAUCUGUUAAGAGGAAGAUAGGUAAUGUUUCAGCUUCAGUCUUUCAACAUUUUAAUAUUCUGUUUGAGAUAAACUGUAAUGUUGAAGGGUUGUGAGUAAGUAACAAUAAUUAUGCAGGAUUAGCAGCUGGCAGCACAGGUAUUGUGACUGGUGACAAAUAUGAUGUAAAUCAGAGAAAAGGUGGUUGUGCACUAUGGAUUACAAAACUUUUCCUGCAAAACUCUUGCCCUGGCCCUGUGUACAAUGAUAAAUUUAGAGCUGUAUGGCCACUGCACAAUUCUCAUGCCUGCUUUCACAAGAGGUUUAUUUCGUAUUUCAGGGUCUUAUUUUUGGUCAAAGGUACUCUUUAUUUAAUCCAUGGUAGCUGUUAAUAAUUGUGAAGAAGAAGUGAAAAUCAGCAGAUUCUAACAGCUCCUGAAAUUAAAAACUAAAGAAUGGGUUAAUCCCUCAAAUCUUCAGAAAAUUGUGUGAAAUUAUAUAAACAUCAAGUUUUAUUUGAAAGUUAAUGAGCUUUGAGAAUUUGAGGCAAAGCCUUUUCUUACCUACAGCUCUGUGACGUUUUAAUCCUAUUACAGCCUCAGCAUUUCAUUAGAAGCCAAGGCAAUUAAAAAUUUUGUAAAUACAAAAUGGAUUGAACUGUCGUGUAGAAUGUGUAGCAUCAGUGGGUACACUGUGUAUUUUUGAUGUUAUGUGAUCUUCAAUGGCACUUUGUGUACUUAAACUAUUUCAACCUGUUCAUUUUCAAAGAUUAAUUGACUUGAUCCAUUUGGACAUUUUUGUAGCAAAGUCACUUUAUUUUUGAACCAUUCAUUAAAGUGAUUUUCUAAAAAUGUGAAUGGAAUUCUGAGGGCUUCAUUUUCAAAUGUUUCCAUAUUUGCAUGAUCCAAGUUCUGUCCAGUUGGUGUCUGUCAUUUCAAAAUUUGGGUUUUGAUUGCUCUCUUGCUGUUGAACUUCAGGAAAAAUAUUCUGAUGAUAAGGGCAAAGUAAACAAUACUCAAGAAUGAAUAAAGUUGAAAACAUCUGAGUAAGGAGAGAGACAUUAAGUACAUAGCCAAAAGAACAGCCCAUGAUAACAAAUAUGAAAGGUUUAGGAGUCGAACAAUUAGGAACCUAAAAAGAAAUUAUGAAAUUAACUUAUCAAGGAACAAAACAAAUAGUAAAAUAUUUUAGAAAUAUCAAUAAAUGGCAGGUUAAAAUGGGAAUAGGGACAUCAGUAAAUUGGUAAAUUAUUGUCAAAUGUACAGUAAAAAAAAACUUGCAUACUGUCCAUACAGAUCAAUUUAUGACAACAGUGCAUUGAGGUAGUACAAGAUAAAACAAUAAAGUGCAGAAUAGUGUUACAGUACAGAGAAAGUGUAGUGCUUUUUUAUCUUCUGCCUGACGGGAGGGGGGAGAAGAGAGAAUGUCUGGAUAGACAGGGCCAUAUUGGAAGGAAUAGUAAUGUUGGAUGUUGAUGAGUAAUGUGGUAUAUGCAUUUAAAAUUGAAUAAAGGGAAAUUGAGGAUAAGUCCUGAUCCAAUAAUUUACAAAAAUGCAUUUAAUAAUUCAUUAGACAAAGUUAGAAUGGUAGAGAGCUGUCAAAUAAGCAAUGUAAUGCUCAUGUGUAAGAGGGACAGAACAUGGUCAAAGGAAUUAUAGGCCAGUCACCUAAAAUCAUUUGUUGCAAGAAUAAUAGUGGAACAUAG